CACUCGUUGCAGUAGGAGGGUUCAUGAGCAGUAUGACGUUGCUCUGCAAGUCAGUCCGACUGCUUAGCUGUUUUGAUCAGUCCACUGUCGGGAAGCUAGAAAAAUUACAAAUUUCUGACCAUGUUCAUUAUCGGAAAAUAGCUGAAAGACCAUGUGCACUGUCACUGUCGACUGAAAUGUCAAAAGCGUUGUGUUGGUAAGGAUUGCGAGUGAAAUAGGCAGCUGCGAGUACUUCUGCGCUCAGCUGUCAGACUGAAACUACUGGAUGCACGUCAAGAGUAAAUAACAGUCGUAACCUUGUGGAUAGUGUGAGGAAGAAAUACUUAUUGGCUUGUUUUGUGUAUUUCUACAUCUUUUGGAUUAUUGCUACCCAGCAACACAGUCACCAAACGAAACUGGAUGUCGUAAUAAAGAGGUCCGCUGGGUGCAUCAAUGAUCCAGUCAUGGAGACCAAAAGAUACCAAAGUUUCUUCGAAGGAAGCAACACAGAGAACAGAUGGGCUCAGGUGCCCAGUGCUAUGGAGCUUUGCUGCAGUGCAGAGGAGGGCUGUCUGAGCAGCAGUGACGUCCUCAUGGACAUUGUGAACGUCAACGGCUCUGCUUCCUCCAAUGCUGCCACUGCCACAGCUGCUGCCUGCAAGGAGAACAGCAUAAAGAGAGCAGAGCAGGAGCGACAGCCCAUGGUCCGUGUCUCACAGAAUCAGAACCCGAACCAGAACCAACACUUUGCUUUCCCCCCGUUUGGCAAUAGCGGCCGCAAGUCCGAGACCGACUCCAAGGAGCUCUCCAAGACUGUGGCUGAGUCUAUGGGCCUGUACAUGAACGCGGCCAGGGAAGCAGAUUUUGGGUUCAGUGCGCAGCAGGGUGCCCAGUGUGGCCAGUGCAGCCCUGGGAAACUGUACCCAGCCGGUGGGCGAGGGGCGCUGGAGGACAGCCAGGCCAGCUCCUCAGGGAGCCCCAAAAUGAAAGGUCCUCCUCCUGGGUCAUUUGCAGCAGGGUCUCAGAUCCCCAGCACUACUCAAGCGGAGUGCAGCUCAGGGGCUUCCUCCGCCCUGGCAACCGCUCUCUCCGCCAGCUCACCAACCCAAUCCUCCAUCUCCAGUCCGACGGGAAACAACAUGGUGACCUCCACCACCAGCCCAACAUAUUUUGGCACUGGCUGUUCAUCCAUCGGGAGCCCGGUCAACCCUGCUGCUGGGAGCGGUGUUCCAAGCCUGGGUACCCAAGUCCAUCGUAGGAGCUCUACCACCUGUAGCCCCAUUGAGUCAAGCACAGUGGGAUCACCUCUAGGAAGUCCUUUGAAUGUGAUGCGCUCGCCCCUGUCAAGCCCUCAGAGUAUGGGCAGUGUCCGCUCACCACCCUCCUGCAGUACCAACAUGAGGUCAUCUGUCUCCAGCCCCACAGGAAGCUGCUGUACUGUUAGACCGUCCAUGUCCAGCCCACCCUCAGGGGUCACCAUGGCUGUGGCCAGCCCCAGAAAUGCCCCCUCAUCUGGAUUUCCUGUCUCUAGCCCACCCAGUGGACUCGGCCUGGUUCAGAGUGACACUCACAGUCCAGAGAGACAAGAGAGCAGUGACUUCAAAGCCUUUGAGUUCCCAAAAGUGGAAAACAUAGACGGGGAGAUGUACAGCGUAGGCCUGGACCAGAUGGGAAUGGUGAAGUAUAUCAAGAACGAGCCGGAUCCAGACUUUAGAAGCAUGUGUCUCGGUUCUGGCGGGAAGAAGUGUUGCAAUGUUGCAAACCCCCCAUUUGUGGCCCACAUCAAAAGUGAGCCCAAUAAGGAGGAUAUCUGUUUAAACCAACAUUAUGGUGAGCCACACCAGCACCAGCACUCUCUGGGCCUCUUUCCUGCCUCAGAGACCACAUACUUAUCCUUGAGGGAUAAUAUUGAUGAGUAUAGUCUCUCUGGGAUUUUGGGACCACCCAUUUCCUCUCUCAAUGGCAACUAUGAGCCAGGUGUGUUCCCCAGCAACAGCCUGACCAAGGGUAUAAAGCAGGAAGCCAACGAUGGCAGCUACUACCCUGAGAACUGCAGCAACGGGCCAACAUCCGCCAUUGUCGGCGUUAACUCUGGAGGACACUCGUUUCACUACCAGAUAGGAGCACAAGGAACAAUGUCGUUUGCACGGCAUGACAUGAGGGACCAGACAAACCCGUUAAUGAAUCUGAUCUCCCCGGUCACGGCUCUGAUGGAAUCGUGGAAAUCGCGGCCGGGAAUGCCACAAGGGGUACUGUCCUCAAGAGGAGAGGGUUAUCCAGGUCAGAACUGCAUCACUGACAUGUCCAGCUCAUCAUUAAGACAUACGUCCUCCACGGCCAAGGUGUGUUUGGUGUGCGGUGAUGAAGCAUCUGGGUGCCACUAUGGCGUGGUCACCUGCGGCAGCUGCAAGGUCUUCUUCAAACGAGCAGUGGAAGCAAUCAACAAUUCAGGUGUUGUCGAGGGAAAAGUCCAGUCUAAAGGUCAGCACAACUACCUAUGUGCUGGGAGGAAUGACUGCAUCAUCGACAAGAUCAGACGGAAAAACUGUCCAGCGUGUCGGGUACGGAAGUGUUUGCAGGCAGGAAUGAACCUUGGAGCUCGAAAGUCCAAGAAACUGGGCAAACUGAAGAGCGUGAAUGAGGAUUCGCCACUGCAGAACUCAAAGGACAGUGGCCAUUACCUGUCCUCUGAGAAGGAGCUGAGUGCUGUGACUGAGCUGGUUCCUCACGGGCCGGCCGUGUCCUCCUACCUGUCCCCGUCCGUCUGCAGCGUGCUGGAGCUCAUCGAGCCUGAGGAGGUGUACGCCGGAUACGACAACUCACAACCUGACACCUCCGACCACCUGCUCACCAGCCUCAAUCGUCUGGCCGGCAAACAGAUGGUUCGCAUGGUCAAGUGGGCCAAAGUAUUGCCAGGGUUCCGCACGCUGCCCAUUGAGGACCAAAUCACUCUGAUCCAGUACUCAUGGAUGUGUCUGUCCUCCUUCGCACUCAGCUGGAGGUCCUACAAACAUACAAAUGCACAGAUGCUCUUCUUUGCCCCAGACCUCGUCUUCAAUGAGGAGCGCAUGCAGCAGUCGGCCAUGUAUGAUCUGUGUGUGGGCAUGAGGCAGGUGAGCCAGGAGUUUGUGCGGCUACAGCUCACCUAUGAGGAGUUCCUGGCUAUGAAGGUGCUACUGCUUCUCAGCACAGUUCCUAAAGAUGGACUGAAAAACCAGGCAGCGUUUGAGGAGAUGAGGGUGAACUACAUCAAGGAGAUGAGGCGGGCCGUGGGCAAAGCCACCAACAACUCGGGCCAGACGUGGCAGCGUUUCUUUCAACUGACCAAGCUUCUGGACGCUAUGCACGAACUGGUGGGGAGUCUUCUGGAUUUCUGCUUCUACACGUUCCGGGAGUCCCACGUUCUGAAGGUGGAGUUUCCUGAGAUGCUGGUGGAGAUCAUCAGUGAUCAGAUACCAAAGGUGGAGUCGGGCCUCACACACACGCUCUUCUUUCAUAAGAAGUAACACACUGAACCACGUCAGCGCGUAAGGCCAGGAGCCGGAUGAGAAAAAAAGAGAGCUUGGGAAACCCAGACAUCACCUACAGGGUUUUGAGACGUCAACAUAACAAUACUGGGAGCCUUACAAGUGAGAGAAGGUUAUGUCAAAGACAGAUCUUCAGCACGUCCCAGGAUUGCUUUUGACCAAUCACAGGCCACGUAGAGAGAGAGAGAGAGGCAGAGAUGAUGUGAGGUGGUGUCGAAAAAUGACACAAUUCGGACAAUGUGUGUUUUCUUGAAGAGUUCUUUUUUUUUUUUCUCAAAGCCGUGACAACGUGCUUCUCAUUGCCCCAAAGACAAUUAUGACAAUUUUUUCUAUGGAUAUGAAGCCAUGCAUUUUCUUUGGUCAAGCUAUAGGGCAAAUUCACUAUCUCGUUCACUUACACAUGCAAACAUGCGCACGCGCGCGCACACACACGCACACAAACAUCGAAACCCCACGUACACUGCAGCUGAUUAUUGUGGCUUUUCUGUAACUCAGUUUGGCGUUUUUCGUUUUACCAUUCCUUGUGAAGAGGAAAAAGCGGAUUCAUUGAUAGGAAAGAUGAAGCGGCCUUUACACACAAUAGUAGUAGGAAAACCUUCAAGGUAUUUGCAAAGGAAACAUGGCAAUUUCAACACGCUCCAAGGGCUAUGACAUCUAAACUCAACAGUGUCUAAUUGGCAUUUUUAAAUGCAAACAGAAACAACACUCACUCAAAUUCAGACCAUUGCAUAACAAUCAAAACCUACUCAGAUAUGCAAAACAUAGAAUUAUUUAAAUAUUUAAACUUUUUAUGAAUAAAAAUGGUAUGUGAGAGAGUUGUAUAAGUCAGAUUUGUGUCUUUUGAUACUACCGAAUGAAGCUUAACAAUGUGCAUACAUCCCAUCAAUAAUUUUGUAAGAACUUAAGUAUACUGACACUGCAUCAGAAAUGAAGCACUUAGUCUUUUCAAAAUGUCUGCAUCAGCAACUAUAUCUGGCAGUCGCAUCCAAAAAGACAUUCCAAACUACCAAGUACAAUGAAGUAACCCCAUGAUUACUGCCCAAUGGCAAUUCACACACUGAACAAAUGUUAAUAGCCACAAGGGGCUUCAUAGCCAUGUCCAGCAUUAGAAAAGACCGCUCCUAGACAGAACCUACAGUAUUUACUCUCAAAGCAAAUCGAGGGGAAUGCCUUUAUGCUUGGCAAAUGUUUGGCAAACCUAGAAACAUUUGCACAUGAUUUUCAAACAAAAAAAACAGCCCUCCACCUAAAUACUGAAUAAAAUAGUAUUUUCUAUUUGUGUGGAAUAUUUUUUUUUGUUUUUCUUAAAAAAUAUAUAUAUAUAUAUAUAAAAAAAAAAAAAAAAAAAAAAAAACGAAACAAGAAAAAUACACAGUCCAAAUCUUGGACACCAUUUUAUAUUAAAGGUGCUUCUUUUCAUAAAACCAAGCAGAUUUAACACAUUUUAACAGUAGCUGCACAUGUACAGAAACACAGGUAAUACAAAGCUUCAAAAUCAUAUACUUUCUUCAUACUGGAAAACAAAACAUUUUUCAGAGCUAACGCUUGAAAGCAACAGUAGUCUGCGGCAGAGCUUUCUGCAUACUUACAGCUGGUACACACUAUUUGCUUCUGAUGAUUUUGUGGUUUUCCAAAUGUUGUACUAAAAAGGUUUGGAUUUCAUUUAAUUAAAACAUACUCUUGCCCUCUCCCCUGACAUCUACAUUUCUGAAUACUGGGACAACUGUCAGAGUGAACGCUAUUUGGAGAACAGGAUUGAGAGGUGUGCAAUGUUUGAAACUCAUAGGAAAUCCCCACAGGUUCUUCCCCAGCCACACGGGCUGAAGGAGAUCCACCAGAGUGGAAUGGGUGGCCAAUCUUAGUGUGUGUGUGUGUGUGUGUGUGUGUGUGUGUGUGUGUUUCCUCCUCCUACUUUCUGUGUAAAAGCUGACUGAAGCUAUGUUGAUCCCCUUUCUCCAGAGGGCAUUGUUGUGUUUUCACAAGGAAAGGAUUUAGGCUUUCGACUGAAGUAAGAUUUGCACCGGGGAUGUUAAUGUGAUAAUUGAGACAUUAAGUAGACGGGAGCUGUCUAGGAUGAGAAAUGUCUGUGAGAGAGAGAGAGAGAGAGAGAGAGAGAGAGAGAAUGAGUUUAAUUACCUACCCUGUGCUAUGUAAAACACUGGUUCUUGCAGUAGGUGUUAGAUAGGUGGCCCAAAAUGGCAGAGAUAGCCCUUGGGUAACAGGAUGUUACCACGUGCCCUUUCUCUGUCUACACCCUGCUGUACGACUAAGCGUUUGUGAAGGAAAUGAAAACUAUAAGCUGUAAGGAUUUUUGUUUUCCAUCUUUGUUCUUUGUAUUUUUUCCUUUUCCCUGUCUAUUUUGAUAAAUAUAUAUGUAAAUCAGACUCACAAAAGGUUCAUAGGCUGUAUGGGAAAGUAUUUUUUGAAAGAAUUAUAUUUUGCUGGAAAACAAUAUAUUAGUACUUUGUCUAAAAAGAUGCAACAAAAAUCUAUGAGAUUUUUUUUGUAAAGUGACAAUGUUUAUGCAUGCUUUUUGACCAGAUGUUUACAGUGUAUUUAAGAAGGGAAAUCCGUGCCUUUUUACUCUCACAUGAAAGGUUACCAUUUUACAGUAUCUGUUGUAAAUAAAUGAGUCCCAGUAUCGCGUUGUGAUGGAGAUUUCUACUUUUAUCCAUCUGUGGUUGGAACACUAGUCUCCCAUGUGUUUGUUUGUCUCGCCUGGUCUCCUGCUAUGUUGUGGUUUAAGAGCAAAACCUGUGAGAGGAUGAAUGAGAGCAAGAAAGACAGAGAGAGAGAGAGAGAGAGAAAUGAAUGUACUUAACAUGGAGAGAGAAACACUUUAUAACAUGAAUGUUAGAUUCACAAAGCGUUUUGUCUCCCUUUUGUUUGUUUAAAAAAUAAUGUGAAUUUCAAAGGAUUUUUCUUAGUAAGAUGGUUUUGUACAUUUUUCGUUUGUUUUCUUUUCUUUAAGUGUCAACACAACCUAAGUACAAUAGGAAAUCAUUCAAAGCUAUAGGUCCUAUUCCAUUGCAUAGCUCCCACCCACUGGAUGCAUAUGGAUAAGUAGUUUGGUUUAUUUCAUUUAAUGACUAAUCCCUUGAUGAAAAGGUUUAUUUAUUUAACACUGCAGACUUACCCAGGACACAUCCACACGCCUUAGGGACAGGAACAGGGUGGGCAUAUAGACAAGGUGCUUGGCUUUUUCUUACAUGGCAACACACACACACACAGGGCAUUGGUCAGAUGAGAUGAGAGGGAAAAUGAACAAACCAAAUGGAAGACCCAAGAGCAGAGGCUGGUGAUUUGAAACGCAGCACACACAGUGCAAUGAUUACACAGAGUACUCAGAACUACAGCCACCAGUCAUGCAGUAUUUCAGCAGUCACUCACAUGAAGCCCGAGUUGACCUGGGAUUAGGAAAACCAAGUGAAGAAAAGUAGCCGAAUCUCUCCAGUGCUGUGCGGAGAUAAGUCCCUCAGAACCACGACCAGAGAGCACUGCUCUGGGCAAGACGGCUGCUUUUGAUCUCUCAAUAAGUUGGUAUAGGAGUCCUAUAGGAGCAAAACCUGUUUGAGUGUUUUGUAGAAGGCAGUUCUGACAGCAAAUGACUGCAGAAUCUCAUGCUUCUGUACAUUGUUUAACCAGCUAUUACACUGUAUUGCUCCUCUCUACUACUGUGGUAUACCAACACUAUGCAUUUGUAUAAAUCACCUACCGCAGAGAAUGGGCUUCUGCAGAGCUACAAGGUAAACACAGUAGGUAGCUUUUCAAUCAGUAUUUUGCAACUGAAAUGAGCUCUGUUCCUCUUCACGGAUAGGAGUCUUCUUUUUUCAAACAGCCCCUCAUGUGUCUUUCUGAUUUGUGUUGUUGUUUUUGCCAUCAUACUUGUUGAAACUGAUCUUGUGUAAAGCAACCAAGCCAUAUCUCCUAGUGUGACGCAAGAUGCAUUUCCUGUUUCCUUACAAAAUAACAGCUAUGAAAAUCAGAAAUGUUUUUAAUCCAAUGCUUUGUACAAUACUUGUCAGCAACUAUCAACAAAGAUCAUCAAUAUUCUUGUUCAUGACUUUAAGGCAAAAUACGCAACUAGUUCCUCCAAACUGUAUAUCUUGAUGCAGAUAUUGCCAUAACUGUGUUUGCAAAAAUAUCAAGGGAUUCCAAUAAACCCCCUAACUGAC